AUGCGCGCCGCCGCUCUCCUCUCGGUCCUAGGUGCCGCUCUCACCGUCCACGCCGCGCCGCAAUCUGUCGAGAUCUUCGUCCAGCCCAUCUCCUCCUCCUCUUCGUCCUCCCACCCGCCCCUCCCCCUCGCCGGGAUAAUCUACGAUCUGGCCGCAUUGGCAUCCUCAUCCGUCGUCUCGUACGACGCCCCUGAAAUUCCCGAUUCAUCUGACCUCAUCCGCGUCGGCGUCUACGACUUGAAAACCAAGUCCUGGGCAUCGGGAACAACGGUCGCGUCAACGGAGAACUUUGCCAAGGGGUACUCGCCUGUAAUCGUGGUGAAUGUGGACAGCAAGGGUGACGUUCUCAGUGCGUCGAUCAAAGGCGUGCGGAUCGAUGCCGGCCACACGAGAGAUUUUGGUCCAAAAGUGGUUGUUUUGACAGAGGGACAAGGCGCUCAGCCAAUAUUGAAUAAGCCGGUUGUGUUGGCGGAGGGGAAAAAGGCUGUGGAGGAGGAGGAGAAGACGUUUUUGCAAAAAUACUGGUGGAUGAUUGGCAUUGCCGUGUUCAUUGCGCUUAGUGGUGGUGGUGGUGUAGAACAAGGAAAAUAG